AUGCGUGAUCUCAAUUUGGCUGGACACCGAAUCAGGUGGGUCUAUAGUAGCUGUCUUCUUGCUUCCCAGUAUCUCUGGCUUUCCGGAGUAGCUGUCUUCUUGCUUCCCAGUAUCUUUGGCUUUCCGCGUUGUCUCGCUGGAUCCCAGUAUCUCUGUCUUUCCGUCGUUGUCUUUAGGGCUGGACAUGGAUCUCUGGCUUUCCGUCGUUGUCUUUAG